UAAAAACAGAAAAUGUGAAACAACUGAAUUGCUUUCUGAACGCCUACGCCCUGAAAACGUAAGAGGAUAGAACUGAAAACUUCGUAUUAAGCCUCUGUGCUGCUUCUACCAAAUGAAUCGCCUUCUUCUUCUUAUUCGCCACCCUCUUCUACCUUUAUCUGUUGCCGCCGCCAAGUUAUCAUUACAACCCUUUUCCCAAAUCUAUUAUUCAUACACACGGAGAGGAAUCAAUUCUGAAAUUUGUCAUGGAGCCUCUUCACCUCUCACAACCGCUACAUUUUGCAUUACCAACAAAGACUUGUCAGCUAAGAAGUGUGCACCCUGCAAUACAAAGGACUUGCAGCCCAUGACCCAGGAUGAAGCACGCACUCUGCUUCCACAGGUUGCCGAUUGGGAUUUGGUAAACGAGGAUGGUGUAUUGAAAUUGAGGAGAUCAUGGAAAGUGAAGACUUUUACCAAAGGAUUGGAAUUUUUCAGGAUAAUAGGUGAUCUUGCUGAAGCUGAAGGUCAUCAUCCUGAUCUUCAUCUUGUUGGCUGGAAUAAUGUUACCAUAGAGAUUUGGACACAUUCCGUGGGUGGGCUGACCCAGAAUGAUUUUAUUCUCGCUGCUAAGAUGAAUGGACUUAAUUUGCAUGGCUUGGUUAGACGGAAGGCUCCCGACUGAGUUAUAAAAAGAAAUCCAAAAGACUUUGCUUUUCUUUAAAACUAGGUCACGGGCUAUCCUUCUAAUAAUUUGGAAGCUGUAGUCCGAUCUAUUAAUUUGCUGCUACAUCAUCUGAGAUGUCAAUAACAUCGAAGUUUAGCUCGAAAUGUACAUGAUUGUAGUUGUCAAAGAGAAUCAUGAAUUAGAAUGGUUAAGAGAAAGAGCCAAAAUAAGGUAGACCAAGCUUCUCUUUGGCAUGAACUCAUAAAUCAAGAGUUUCACUUUUUGCU